CUAACAGAGAUUAGUUCAAAGUAUGUCAUUGUGGCAGUUGGCACGGAGCGCGACAUGUUACAAACUUUGAAUAUAAUAGGCCUACCGCAGCGCCACCCGACGAUUAAUGACGUGAAUGCAUAAGUUAGGCCUAUAAUAUUAAAAGAAUAUGAAUACAGGAGAACAGACAAAUGUCUCCCCACAUCUGAUUCCGAUUGUUAACGAGUGAGAAGUGUCUAUGACCAUAGAAUACAACUCCAGAAACAAAGAAUUCAGUAAACUUCCUCCAAAAUUUCAGGUCUCACUUCAGGUUUUAAUCCAAAACCAGUAGAGAGGGAACAGACUGAUAAUAAGUUGUUUGGAUCUCUUGAACCUUUAUCCACGACAAGAGAAGAAAAUUGUUACAAACUGAAGAAACCAGAUAUGUCAACCAAACAGAUAAUACUGGAAGAACCAGAACUUAUCACUACUAUAAAUACUGGGUAUGAAAAACUCCGCAAUGUUACCUGUCUCAGUGAAGAAGAAAUCUGGACAAGUGGAGAAGUCAGUGAUAUGAAAUGCUUCAAUAUUCAAGGUAUACUAAUAAAAACAGAUAAAAUAAAAUCACGUGAUUGGCCAUGUGAUAUAGCAGUGACAGGUGAUGGAGGUCUAGUGUACUCUGAUGGGACAAGAAAGACUGUGAAUAAAGUAAAGAAUGGACAGACAGAGGAGAUGAUCAGUCUAUGGGACUGGUCACCUAGUAAUAUCUGUAUCACCUCCUCUGGUGAUCUCCUGGUUACCAUGUUCAGUGAUGAUAAAACACAAUCCAAAGUUGUCUGUUACUCAGGCUCCACAAAGAAACAAACAAUCCAGUUUGAUGAGGAGGAUAAACCUCUGUAUUCAGAAAAUGGCUAUAUUAAAUACAUCAGUGAGAACAGAAACCUGGAUAUCUGUGUGGCUGACUGUGGAGCUGGUGCUGUAGUGGUGGUCAACCAGGCUGGAAAACUCCGAUUUAGAUACACCGGCCAUCCUUCUACCACAAAGAACAAACCAUUUAAACCCUUUGGCAUCACGACAGACAGCCAGAGUCAGAUCCUGACAGCAGACUUUAAUAACAACUGUAUCCACAUCCUAGACCAGGACGGACAGUUUAUCUGUUACAUAGAUAACUGUGAUCUAUGGAUACCGUAUGGUUUAUGUGUGUAUAAAAAUAAUUUGUUUGUUGCUGAGUUGAGAGGAAAAGUUAAGAAAAUUAAAUAUUUGGAAUAGACAUCUUUGUAUAUACAUGUAUCUAUAUUUAUUCGUGUGUAUAGGCUGUCAUUAUAUGGCUCUAUUUUGAAAACAAAAUUGUUUCAUUAUCAUGAUUAUGCAAGUUAUAAUUUUAUUGAGAACACAAGUUAUUUAUCUUUCAAGUUAGCAGAGUAGAUAGGGAAAAUGUAGCCAAUUGCAAUUUACAUCAACAGCAAGUUACGAUAUAAUUAUACCUCUAUUGAUAAUACUCGAAUUUGAUUGGCUGGUAAGAAAACUUUAAAACUCAACAAUGACUCCAAAUGGUACCGUUUACACAAUACUGACCUAGGAAUCAUUGCACGUGGGAUAUAAUGACCCGGUCAUAAUUUUUAAUGACCGCUAAAAAUGACCGCUUAAUCAAAAAUUCGUUUUUGAGUAAAGUUAAUGCAUAAAAAAAUAAUUAUUCGA